AUUGGCCCCGCCCAACCAGAGAGAGGGCGAGAGGGCGCCACCCCAGCCAGGCCAGGCCACCACAAUACCAAAAACAAUUAGCACGGUGUCCCGGGCGUCCGGUGCUGCGCGUCGAGGUGGCGGCAGCGGCGGCGGCGGCCCUGACGUGAGCGGCGGAGGCACAACAGCAGCUCGCCGGCGAAGGUGACGAGGAGCAGCACCGCGCCCAAGAUGGUGCGCCGCGGGGCGCUCCCGCUGGCGCUGCUGGCCGCGCUAGCGACGCUGACGGCCGUGUCGGGGCAAGGGAAGCCGGUGACGGACAACGGUGCCGGCUCGUCGCAGGCCAAGUUCACGCCCAAGGACGCCUUCUACAUCGACUGCGGCGGCACGGCUGCCGCCGACACCAAGGACGGCAAGUCCUUCAAGACCGACGCGGAGGCCAACAACCUGCUCUCCGCCAAGGACGCCAUCAAGGUCGCCGACGACAAGGCAGACGUGCCGUCGCACCUCUACCGCACCGCGCGGGUCUUCAAGGCGGAGGCCAUCUACAACUUCCCGCUCACGGCCCCCGGCUGGCACUUCAUCCGGCUCUACUUCUUCCCCAUCAAGAGCGGCGAGGCCGACCUCGCGGCGGCCACGUUCGACGUCACCACCGCUGCUAACGUCCUUCUCCACAGCUUCACCGCCGAGGCCAAGGCGGUCAUGAAGGAGUACGUCAUCAACGCCACCGAGAACAAGCUCGAGCUCAAGUUCACCCCGGCGUCGGGGUCGGCGGCCUUCAUCAACGCAAUCGAGGUCGUCAACGCCCCCGACCAGCUCCUCAACGACAAGGCCCUGACGGUGUCGCCGCUCGCCGAGAUAAGCGGGCUGUCGGAGGCCGCAUACCAGGUGGUUUGUCGGCUCAACGUCGGCGGCCCGGUCAUCGGCCCCGUGAAUGACACGCUCGGCCGGCAGUGGGACGAGGACGGGCCGUACCUGAACCCCAAGGAGGCCGGGGUGGAGGUGUCGGUGUCGCCGAACGUGAUCAAGUACCCCGAGACGUACCCGGUGUCCAAGCUCGUGGCGCCCACGGCGGUGUACACCACCGCCCGCCACAUGGCCAACUCCGGCGUGGCGAACCAGAACUUCAACGUGUCGUGGAAAGUGGACGUGGACGCCUCCUUCGACUACCUCGUCCGUCUCUUCUUCGCCGACAUCAUCAGCGACACCAUGAACGACCUCUACUUCAACGUGUACAUCAACGAGCGCAAGGCCAUCUCCGGCCUGGACCUUUCCACCAUCACUGGCGACAUGGCCGCGCCCUUCUACAAAGACUUCGUGGUGAACUCGUCGGUCGACACCGACGGGCACAUUAUCUUCGCGGUGGGGCCGAUGGGGCAGGACACGGGCCGCAUCGACGCGCUGCUCAACGGCGCGGAGGUGCUGAGGAUAAGCAACUCGGUGGGCAGCCUGGACGGCGAGUUCGGCGUGGACGGGCGGAUGGUGGACGACGGCAGCGGCACCCGCAAGGUGGUGGCGGCCGUGGGGUUCGCAAUGAUGUUCGGCGCGUUCGCCGGGCUGGGGUGCAUGGUGGUGAAGUGGCACCGGCGGCCGCAGGACUGGGAGCGGCGCAACAGCUUCUCGUCCUGGCUGCUGCCCAUCCACACGGGGCAGUCCUUCACCAACGGCAAGGGGUCCAAGAGCGGCUACACCGUCUCCUCCACCGCAGGGCUGGGCCACUUCUUCUCCUUCGCGGAGAUGCAGGAGGCGACCAAGAACUUCGACGACAGCGCCAUCAUCGGCGUGGGAGGGUUCGGCAACGUGUACGUGGGGGAGAUCAACGACCCCGACGAGGAAGGGUCCAGGAUCAAGGUGGCCAUCAAGCGCGGGAACCCGUCGUCGGAGCAGGGCAUCAACGAGUUCAACACGGAGAUCCAGAUGCUGUCCAAGCUCCGGCACCGACACCUGGUGUCCCUCAUCGGCUACUGCGACGAGAACGAGGAGAUGAUCCUCGUCUACGAGUUCAUGCAGCACGGGCCGUUCCGCGACCACAUCUACGGCGGCCCCGAGGGCCUGCCCACGCUCUCCUGGAAGCAGCGCCUCGAGAUCUGCAUCGGCGCCGCCAGGGGCCUCCACUACCUGCACACCGGCACGGCGCACGGGAUCAUCCACCGGGACGUCAAGACCACCAACAUCCUCCUGGACGAAAAGUUCGUCGCCAAGGUGGCCGACUUCGGCCUCUCCAAGGACGGGCCAGGGAUGAACCAGCUGCACGUCAGCACCGCCGUGAAGGGCAGCUUCGGGUACCUGGACCCGGAGUACUUCCGGUGCCAGCAGCUGACGGACAAGUCGGACGUCUACUCCUUCGGGGUGGUGCUCCUCGAGACGCUGUGCGCGCGGGCGCCCAUCGACCCGCAGCUGCCGCGCGAGCAGGUCAGCCUCGCCGAGUGGGGCAUGCAGUGGAAGCGCAAGGGCCUCAUCGAGAAGAUCAUGGACCCCAACCUCGCCGGCAAGGUCAACCCGGAGUCGCUCGCCAAGUUCGCCGAGACAGCCGAGAAGUGCCUCUGCGAGUUCGGCAGCGACCGACUCUCCAUGGGCGACGUGCUCUGGAACCUCGAGUACGCGCUGCAGCUGCAGGAGGCCAACCCGCCCGAGGGCGCCACCGACGCCGACGACGCAGACGCCUCCAUCGUCUCCUCCUCCAGCGGCGUCAGCACCGUGCCCGACGCGUCCACCACCUCCGCCAACGAGCUCUUCGCGCAGCUCGCAGACAUGAAGGGGAGGUGAUCCAUCCGACUUGUGAAAUCUGAAUCGAUCACAUCCAGCCAUGCAUGCGUCGCCGUCAGCAG